GUCGCCGCUCACAGCGCCCGGCCCCGGGCAGCGACCGGAACUCCGAGGAAGGAAGGAAACGUAAAGGAACGUUGAGAGAUCGGUAACGUCAGAAAGGCCCAACCCCGUUUGCUGCGCAACAGACCGCGCAGAACCGGGGCGGCAAGCAGCGCCAAUAUGGAAGAUCGCGAGCAGAACGCAGCGGCUCAGCGACCACCGGCGGUGCCCGCAGACCCCUCCACGAAGAUCCUCUGAGGUUCUUCACUGCGCAGGCUCGACUCGGUGCGCGCAUCCCGGGGAGGCCGGCGGAGCGGCGAGGCGGGCUCAUCCGGGCCGCAUCCCGCGGUCCGGGCUGACAGCCGCCGCGGCCGCCAUGUCGCACGACGGCAACAGCGGCGAGUCCCCGCCGGCCUCGCGCCGCCGCCGCUCGCGCCCGCCGCAGGCGCAGGAGCGCGCGGCGGAGGAGGAGGCGGCGGAGGAGGAGGCGGCGGAGGAGGAGGCGGCGGGCGAGAGGCUCCGGCAGCUGAGCGUCGGUGACGGCGACGACAGGGAGCACAACAGGAUGAUCCGGAGCCAGUACCGGCAGCUCAUCUCCACCGUGCAGCAAAAUCGAGAAGCCAUGCUGAAUUCAAGAAGCAACAGGCUAACAGAAGCUUUGGAAGAAGCCAAUAGACUUUUUGAUGGAGUUUGCCGUGCACGGGAGGCUGCACUGGAUGCCCAUUUCCUCGUUAUAGCCUCCAAUAUAGGAAAGGAGAAGGCCAGUGAGUUACACUCAGAGAUGUCAGCAUUUGAUUCAACAGCAUUUGCAGAAGACUUGCUGACCUUCAUGGGUAUAAAUCGCACCGAAGUGGAAGAAACGGAUGAAUCUGAGGAUGUUCCAGGUGGUUUUUUACCUACUGAUGCCUGGCAGACAAUAGGAGAAGAAGCACCCAAGUACUUCAGAAGAGCACCUACUUUUCACUACAUGAUGGGAUCUUUCAAGUCUGAGCCUCCUGUACCAAAGCAACGGAUUGAGAGGCAGAAGAAAGCUAGCAGAGGCAAAGCAGAACGGGCAAUGCCUGCUCAGUUAAAAAAAAUGGAAGAGUCUCAUCAAGAAGCUACAGAAAAAGAAGUAGAGAGGAUCUUGAGAAUACUGCAGACUCACUUUGAAGAUGAUCCUAAUACACCCAUUUCCUUCUUUGAUUUUGUCAUUGAUCCGAACUCGUUUGCACGCACUGUGGAAAACGUGUUUCAUGUGUCCUUCCUUACCAGGGAUGGUCUUGCAAAAAUAAAGCUGGAUGAAGAUAAAUUGCCAGUAAUAGGUAAAAUCUAGCUUUAAAAUACUCUAAUUGGUUUUUGUAACAACGAACUGGGGAUAUACAGUGAAUGUAAUUGAAGGCGUGAAGAGAUUUAUGAGCAGCUGAAAGGAUUGAGUCUUUUCAAAUACCAGUGUAUGGAAAAAGAUCAUUAUGCUGAUUUAUACAAAUUUAUUCUAUUAAUAGAAAUCAAAUGUUAUUGCCUUUCAAAUUAUACUUUUUGCUAAUAAGUACAUGAACAUUAUUACACUUGGCUGAAAAAAGAUACCUUUGGGUGUAAGAACUCUCUUGCCUCAGAGUUGGGAACUGCUGCAGCUUCAAAACAGUUGGAAGGGAAAUUCUUCAUUGUUGAAUGAAGAAUUCAUUCUCCAUUCUUCAUACAAGGCUGGCUUUCAUAGGAUAUCAGUGGGGUUAGCACUUUGGUGGGAUAUUGUAAGGAAUUAAAUAUUUAGGUCCUUC